UCUCUCUCUCUUUUUCUCUCUCUCCCCCCUUAGUAAAACCUCUCCAGCAAAUAUUAGGCUCUGAAAUCAGUACCAAAAAAAGUUUACCCGUUGCACCAUUUUCAAAUUAGAACAGGCAGCAAAACCUAUGCAUAUUGACUCUCUUCCUCAAACUUCAAGGCAUCUACACAAAGCCAAACAAAAAGUUUCCCCAUAAAUUAGUCCUCAGGCAUCCCACUACACAAGUCCACCUUAAACACCACUCCUUGGGCUUUUCGUAUAGUGACAAAAGAGAUAGGAGAGAGAAAGUUGCAUCUUCUACAUAGGAUCCAUGCCAUAGCUUUGGGUUGUUUGUCAGUCAAAAAAUGGGUCUGAGGAAAGAGAUGGCUUGCUUGUUUCUUCUUCUGCUGAUGCUCUUAAAGUUGGGGAAUAGUCCAUGUUUUGCAGAUGGGUAUGGUAGAUUUAGCAGAUCCAAAGGUGGCUCUGGUUCUGAUCUCAGUCCUUUAAAAACCCAUAAUGGCUUAAAGGGUAAGGGAAACAAGCAUGAAGAUGAUGAUAUUUUUGGUGGUGACAAGAGAAGAGUCUACACAGGUCCAAAUCCUCUUCAUAACAGAUAAGUCAGCAGAGAAAACACCAUGUGAUUUUGUCUUUCCCCCUCUAUAUAACUUCUUUGAUUUCUAUUUCAUUUCUUUUGCUUUCUGUAUUCUUUUCUAAAUUGAGUUAGAUGAAGAUUGAGUGUUUUGAUGGACUGCUUCACCGGAAUAUUGUAAGUGACCUUUACAUGUGUAUAUGUAUGGUAAGUUAGUUCUGAGGUUUUGUUGAGCAAAUGUCAAUAUUGUUUUUUUUUUU